UCGGGUUUCAUUUGUUUGGGAGCGAGGCGAGGAGAAGCCAGCUGAGCUGAGGAGGGGGAGGAGACAGGGCGGCCCCAUUCCCACUCGCUCCCACUCCCUCACUCCCUGCUCUGCUCUGCAGCUAGCACACCAUUCAUUGAUUCACUCGCUCGCCCGCCCGCUCGCUCGCUCCAUUUCUUCUUCUAUCCCUCGCUCUGCUCAUUCCACGCGCACUGUCCACUCCAUCCGUCCAUCCCCAUCCAUCUCCACCGCCACCGACCCACCUGCAUUUACGUUUCAGUCGCCGGCGGCGGCGGCAGGGCUGAUCUGGGUUGGAAGCAUGGAGGGGGACGACAAGUGGAAGCUGUCCAAGAAGGGGCGGAGCAGAUCGGGCCGGAACUACUACUACGGCGACGCGUCCGGGGCCAGCACCAGCGCCGGCACCAGCGGGGGGCUGAGCCGGAGCUACUCGGCCAGCGUCACCGCCACCCGGGACGGCGCCGGCGCCAGCGGGAGCGGGGGCGGGAGCUCGUCGUCGGAGCAGCAGAAGAAGGAGGAGGCCGAGUCCCGGCGGCGGCUGUCCAAGAAGUGCGUGGAGGCGGUCAAGGAGCACCGCGCGCGCUUCUACAUCGUCCGCCGCUGCGUCUCCAUGCUCGUCUGCUGGCGCGACUACUAGGACCUGCCGGCCACCUCCGGCAGGCCGGCCGCCACAUUCUUUCAAUCGUUUGCUUCUGCUCUUCUACCGGUGCUGUAGCUACGUACAUUUCCUUCCCCCUUUCUUGGCCGGCCUAGCCGAGCUCUCCAUCCAUUCUCAGCCUAUAUAAUCUUCUUAGCUUCUUCUGCUUCUUCUUCUUGCUGCUUGCUUAAUUACUUUCUUGAUGUUUUUCCCCACUGUGAUUUGGGCAUGUACAGUACAUCAGCCAUGAGCGCCACCACCAGCACCAAGGUAAUGCACCUAGCUAGCAGUCCCGUCACAAUCAGCCACCAUUACUAGCUAGCUAGCUCAGGAGCUCCAUUUCGCUCUGUUUUUCCUAGUACCACGGAGACUUAAAUUUGUGCAGCUAGCUUCAUUUCAAUCAAAUUUGUCCUAGCA